UCAACGUGGAAUCAGCUUACGCAAAAAGCCACUUUAAAAACGUUUUAAAGUAUAAGCUUUAUCAACGUUAAAAACAAACCGCUUCUUAAACUUUACAUUUUCAACUUUGCUAUAAUUAUUGCAAUAAUAACAAGCGUUGCAAUAAUAACAAGCUAUAAAUUUUAACGUAUCUUAUCUUCUCAAAAAAACGCGUUUAUUCAACAUUGAAUAAAAGUACGAAAAUAAUCACAGUAAAAACGUCGAAAAGUUUAUGGUUUAUCAACGACAUUAGCUGACAAUUUAGAUUAUUUAGACAUUAGCUACUUUUUAAAGAAUUUAAGCUAUUUAUAAAACAACGCUAAUUCAACGUUACAUAUACCAACGUUGAAAAUGUGGUAAUUAAAAAACGUUGAAAAAGUGUUAUUUGCCAACGUUAAUGAAACGUCGUUUUGACAAUGUUGAGGAAGUGACAUAUUGAAAAUUAUUGUCUCAAAAACUAGCCAUUACAAAAAAUAAUUUGCGUAAUGGAAAGGCAAAGAAAACUUAAUAGAAUGCAUGCAUAUGAUAAUCUAUUAUAAUGGCUUCACAAUUUUGGACUUUAGUUGUUUAUUUUCAAAAAAAAGGUUUGAAGCAGAGGCAGUUGUUCCAGCUUGUUCGGUAAAAGAUGGAUGGUUAUUUUGGCCAACUGGUGUUCAUGCAAUGAAAGCUACCUAUAAUAAUUCUCCAAUCAAUGAUUCCUGCAACAAGCUAAGACUUAAAAGUGUUAAAGUAACUGGAGAUAAAGAAGUAUGUGAAGGAUUGAAUUUCAUGACUGCAGAGGAUUUCAAAGAAGAAUUAAAAUUCUGGUGGAUCAAAGAUUGAGGAAUGAUAUGGUUUUAACUGGUUUCCAUCUUAUGAAAGAAGUACAUAAUAUGAUUUAAAUUGAUGAUUUAAAGUUGCACCUAUUAAAAUUUUGCAUCUCAAUGAUAUCCUGGCUUAUCGAUACGAUAUCCUGUAAGUCCACUAACACACAUAAAUCCUGUAAAUCCACUCACACACAUAAAUCUUAAAAAAGAUAUUUAUAUUUUUAUCUAUAAAUUGUAUAUUUUGUAUAAAUAAAUUGUAUACUUUUUAUAUUUUUCAUUGUAUGUUACUAUUUGUAUUAAAAAUC